AUGAGCGCCGCCUGUGCAGGUGGCCAACGACCAUCAGCCAGAUUGUCGAGCGAGCCCUACUUUGACCUAGGCACAUUCCAUUGCAAAGUCAGCACCACCUCCGUCGAAGCGCAGAUAUGGUUCGACCGCGCGCUGGUCUGGACAUAUGCGUUCAACCACGAUGAGGCCAUCGCCUGCUACAAGCAGGUAAUCGCACACGACGAAAAUUGCGCCAUGGCGUACUGGGGAGUUUCGUUCUGCUCCGGAUGCAACUACAACAAGACAUGGGCACUGUUCGAUGAAAACGAUCGAGUGAAUGCGAUCAGGCAGUGCUAUACAUUCUCGCAAGAAGCGCUGAAGCGUGCAAAGCAGAACAGCAAAUCGUCAUCGCUGUCGACGACGGAAGAUUGGGAGCAGGCACUCAUAGCGGCACUGGCGAAACGGUUUCCUGACGAUGAUCCGAACAAAGACUUGGUCGCAUGCAACAGGGCGUAUGGCGAGGCCAUGCGAGAGGUAUAUAGGAGUUUCGGUCGGGAGGAUUUCAAUAUCAUCACGCUUUUUGCUGACGCAUUGAUGAACGUUACUCCGCGCAAGUUAUAUGAUGCCUCAACGGGCCUUCCUAUCGCGUCUUCGCAUGUAUUUGAAGUAAAGGCGCUGCUUGAAAAGGCACUGAAAAUGCCAGGCGUCGAGCAGCAUCCAGGUCCCGCUCACAUGUACAUUCAUUUGAUGGAAAUGUCAGCGACGCCCGAGGCUGCGCUGCCUGCAGCAGAGAUGAUCCGCGAGAUGUUUCGGGAUACCGGGCACACCUUUCACAUGCCGGCGCACAUCGAUGUUCUUGUGGGCGACUACCGGCGUGCGGUGGAAUACAAUUACAAGGCGACCAUUGCCGACGACAAAUUCUUCCAACACAACGGUGGCUUGACAUUCUAUAGCUAUUACCGUUUACACGAUUAUCACUCACUCAUUUACGCGGCUAUGCUAGGCGGAAAAUCAAAGGCCGCCCUUGCAGCCACAGACCGCAUGGAGGCGACUAUCACAGAAGAAAUUUUGCGCGUAGAAAGGCCUGUGCUGGCAGACUGGAUGGAGUUUUUCAAGGCGGUUAGGGUACAUGUACUUAUUCGGUUUGGGAUGUGGGAAGAACUGAAAGGCCUGGACCAAAUGGAGGAUAAGGAGCUGUAUUGCGUGACUAAUGUUAUGAGACACUAUGGGAAAGGCAUCGCCUAUGCAGCUACGGCGCAGUUAGAGAAGGCUGAUAAGGAGCGAGAGCUCUUUAAGGCUGCGUCGAAACUGGUUCCGCCCACACGUCUAGAUUUUCCUAACAAAAUCACGGAUAUUUUGAAGGUGGCAUCUGCAAUGCUGGAUGGCGAAAUCGAGUACAGACGUGGGGACUAUGAGACUGCUUUCAGCAGACUGCGCGAAGCCAUUUGCCUGGAGGACGAGUUGCCAUUCGCCGAGCCAUGGGGUUGGAUGCUUCCAGCACGACAUGCAUAUGCUGCUCUCUCGUUAGAGCAAGGCUGGGUUGAACAGGCUGCAAUAGCAUAUGCCGAGGAUUUGGGACUUUCACCGACACCCAAACGUGCGCAUCAGCAUCCGAACAAUGUCUGGGCUUUGCAUGGGUACCACGAGUGCCUCACAAUCUUGGGUCGCCAUGCCGAGGCAAAUAUUAUCAAAAAGCAGCUUUCUCUCGCUCUAGUGGAGGCUGAUGUGGAAAUUACGUCGUCAUGCUUUUGUAGAAAUGGCGCGUUACCUUCGUGUGCUGCAAAAAUCGAAGUAAAUGGUUGCUGCGGCGGGAAGUUGGGAUGUAACAGCUAA